GCAGUUUUCACAAAGAUUUUCAUCGGUUUGGGUUGAUUUUCAAGAGAUCUUAAUUAUUUAUUCAUUCGAAAUCAUGGACGCGCUUUACUUAAGUCAGAGAAUUCUGAUUAGUAGUGAUUGCUGUAAGAAAUUGAUAUCCGGUGGAAUUCUUGUCUCGAACACAGAUGGAACAAUUAAAAGAGUUUUUACGUCGCAAGAGGAAAUCAACAGCUACUUGUUCAUUGAGCACGGAGCUGAGGUAGUUUAUGAUUUUGGCAACAAAGUGAUCAUGCCAGGCUUGAUUGACGCAAACGUCAACAUUUGUUCUGGAACUGAUGUUGAAGAUUUCUCAACUGUCACGAAAGCAGCAGCUGCUGGUGGAUUCACUUGCAUUGUUGACAAUCCAAUGUUUUCAGUUCCCGCCACAACUUCAUUGAAAAACUUAAAAGCAAAAGUCGACCAAGCUCGUAAAAAUUGUCUUCACGUUGAUGUUGCCUUUUGGGGUGGCGUUACUGGUGAAAAUAAUUCUGAACUUUUACCUUUGGCACAUCAUGGUGUUUGUGGAUUUAAAGGUAUUCUCAAUCCACAAGACAGUUUUCCUGAUUUCCCACAUCUUACAAAAGAUUCUUUGAAAAGUUCACUUGAAGUGUUGGAAGAGACUGAUUGUGUUUUGGCUUUAAAACCCGACUUGGAAGAACAAGAAUCAAGUUUUCCCAACGAUGUAAAGUUCAAAGAUUAUGCAAUGUUCUUGUCAACAAAGCCAUCAUCAAUUGAGAAAAUCGGAGUUCAACUCGUAUUGGAUUUAAUUAAAAAUCAUAAAAUGAAAAUUCAUCUCACUGAUUUAUCUUCAGCUGAGAUUUUUCCUUUGAUGCAAAAAUAUCAAAAUAUGAAAACACCAAAAAUGUCGUCUUUGUCUUAUGAAACUUCUCAUCACUAUUUGGCACUCAAUGCAGAAGAUAUUGGAAAUGGAAAAACUGAAUUUAAAUGUUCACCGCCCAUUCGAAACCACAACAAUCAAAGCAGUUUAUGGGAAAAGAUAAAAAAUUAUGAAAUAUUUAAUGUUUCAAGCAGUCAUUUGCCAAGUUCGAUAAAAUCGAAAUGCUUGAUUGGUGGUAAAAACCGAGGAAAUUUCUUUGAAGCUUCAAAUGGAAUUUCAUCACUUCAGUUUAGCCUUCCAGUGUUUUGGACAAACUGCCAUAAGCACGACAUGACCUUGCAUGAUGUCAGUCGGUUUUUAAGCUAUCAUCCCGCAAAACUUUGCGGUCUUGACAAGAAUAAAGGAAGAAUUCAAAUUGGUUAUGACGGAGAUUUUUGUGUUUGGGAUCCCGAUGAAGAAUGGACGGUGACUAAAGAAGACACGUUAUUUAAGAAUAAAAUUUGUCCCUACUAUGGGAAAGUUUUGAAAGGUCGAGUUUAUGCGACAGUCGUUCGAGGGUAUUUUGUUUUUGAUGUAAACAACCCACAAUUCGAUGAACCGAUGGGAAAUGUUCUUCUAAAGAAACCCAUGAGACGAUGCGAGCGAUCGAUCAACUUUCAAGAUGAUGACUUGGAAACUUGA